UAGAAGUUAUUUAAGAAACGAGGGCUCUUCACAUAAAUUUAGGAAGUAUAGACACCCUUCAGAAAAGAUUAGGACAAAAAUGGCAACGCAUAAUAGGACGAAAAUAAAAAGGAAAAGAAAAACAAAUUAAAAAAUCUCCCUACACUCCAAAUUGGAAAAGGAAAUCACUCUUGCACGGCGCCGUUUGAAGCUUAAUCAGGCUAAAGCAAAACACAGUGACGCUCAAUUCCUACUCUCCCAAAUAGCAAUUACAACCCCUCGCCAUAUCUGGAUGGCCACGUUAUCCAUCCACGUCGAUUAUAGCGAGUACCUUUUUUCAUCAUCAACGGCGAGUAGGUGAUUUUCUGAUAAGCACAAGAAUUUUGAAAAAUAGUUUCAAUAUUAUCGUCAUAACAAAGAAAAUAUAAAAUCCCCAUUUUUAUUUUACGAUCUAAACUCUUAUAAUUCAGGCGAAAAUUAUUUUCGAUCCUCCUCUUCGUUUUCCCUCUCUUUUUCCCGUCUUUGGGGGGAAAGGAAAACUCCAAAAAAACAAAAAGCCCAAAACAAAGCUCUCUACCUCAAAUUGUAACAAAUUUUAGGGUUUUAGUUUACUCAGUUUUGCUACUCUAUUUCUCUCUAAUUAUUUAAAUUUUUAUUUGAACUUGUUUGCUCUUCCUUUCUUCAUCUGCUGAAACAUUUAGUUCGAGCUCAGAUUCUUCACUAAUUGAUCUUGUCUGGUUCGAUUUUGUUUCAGCACGCUGGGUAGUGAUAGUAUCCUGAAGCUUGGGAAGAGACUCCUGGUGCAAUGCAAACAAAGAAAAGAAUUUCUGGAAGAAAUGCUUCUCGAGAGCAUGCCAGUCCCAAGGCUUCAAGACCUCAGAAGAAGGUAUCUGAAAAGGUACAAGGACCAGAUAAGAAAGCAACGGAGCUAAUUGCAUCUGCUAGGAAGCAGAAACUUGCCGGAACCCUCCCAAAGAAAAAUGAAGUGCCUGUUGGGCCUACAAAUUUAAAUGCUGGAUAUGGCUUUCUACAUGAUGAGGCUUCCAAUGCUUGUCUGGGAUCUUAUGUGGCUAAUGGUGCGCAUGUAGAUCAUAAGGGCAGUGAUCACCAUAGGACAGGUACUAUAUUUUCUCCAGGCUUUCACAUACCUAAGAAUUGUGGAGGGGAGAUUCCAGGUGUAGUUGACUUUGUUGAAUUCUUUUGGUGGGAAGACUCAAAAAUCCAUCAAGAUGGGGGAAUAGAGGAGUUGCAGGUUGAUAUGCUGGAUGCUAAUAUUACCGGAGAAUCUCUUAAGUCUACUUCUGGAGAGGAAUUGCUUGUUGUAGACACAAAUGCUGUGAUUUGUAAUGCAGAUUCAGGAGCUUUCCUUUCAUCUGAAGUCUCAGCCAUAUACCUGGCCAUGAAAAACUCAAAAUUGGAAUGUGUUGAUGAGCAUGGUCAAGAUUCUAUGUCAACCGAUGUCUGUUUGGAGGAUGAAUACUAUGAGGAAUUUGAUGACUUUGAUCCUUAUUUAUUUAUAAAGAACUUACCGGAGCUGUCAUCCGUUGUUCCUACUUUUCGGCCUGUGCUUCUACCCAAGCAGACCCGGAGUUGCCCACCUACCACUCUUGUCUUGGACUUGGAUGAAACUUUGGUUCAUUCCUCGCUAGAACCUUGUGAUGAUGCAGACUUCACAUUCCCUGUAAAUUUUAAUCUCCAGGAACAUACUGUUUAUGUUAGAUGCCGUCCUCACCUACGAGAUUUUAUGGAAAGAGUUUCCAGUCUUUUUGAGAUUAUUAUAUUUACAGCAAGUCAAAGUAUUUAUGCAGAGCAACUUCUAAAUGUGCUUGAUCCAAAGAGGAGAGUAUUUCGCCAUCGUGUUUUCCGGGAAUCAUGUGUUUUUGUGGAUGGCAAUUACCUUAAAGAUUUAUCAGUCCUUGGCCGUGAUCUGGCACGUGUUAUCAUUAUUGACAACUCUCCACAGGCAUUUGGGUUCCAAGUAGACAAUGGAAUACCAAUUGAGAGCUGGUUUGACGACCGUUCAGAUCAAGAACUGCUUUUGCUACUUCCGUUUUUGGAGAGCUUGGUUGGUGUUGAAGAUGUCAGACCAGUGAUUGCAAAGAAAUUCAAUCUAAGGGAGAAAAUUGCUGCAGCUGCUUAUCCUACUUUAAAUUCUAACAGGGGAGACCCCUUUGAAGGGUGAACGUCAGUGUGAACUGAACUCCAAAUCCAAGCUAUAUAGCUUGAAUAGGACUGAUUUUGUCCUGUAUAAUAGACGGUUAUUGCUAGGAAUACCAUUCUCUUUGUUGAGGCUUGUCUGAAUGAUCAGGGUUUGAAAUUGAAAGUGUGAUUUCAAUCAGAAAGGAGAGAAACAAUUCAAGGUGUAGUCGUGUGUUGGACAGUCUGAAAGGAUAACAUAGGUGACAGUGUGCAUUCUCUGAAUGAUGUUAGUCCAGAAAUAAUUUUUUUUUUGUAAUAAAUAAAUAUAGAAUUUAUAGAAUCAUGUUAUGGACUGAAAAGUGACUUAAAGUACCCUUUGUUUCAGAACUUUCUUGAGUAAUUGUCACCAAUAGGGAGCCUUCCAAAAAUUAGAUUUGGAAAU